AUGGAGGCCGAGUACAAGAGCGUUGUUGACAGAGCUGCAAAUGUGGUCACAAAUCCUGUCUAUCAUGCCCACACCAAGCAUGUCGACCUUGACAUACAUUUUGUGCGAGAGAAGGUUGUAGCCAAGCUAAUGAGAGUCAAUUACGUUCCUGCUACUCACCAGAUUGCUGAUGGAUUAACCAAGCCCUUGGCUCGAAAUGCCUUUGAAGAAUUUCGUGCUAAGUUUGGACAGAUUCCAUCUGUUGAAUUCUCUAAAAAGGUUCAUGAGAGAAUCGACCAUAGCAUGCGAAGAUCUAUUAUCGUGAGACUACUCGGACGUAAAAUUGGAUACAAAACGCUUCUUAACAGAAUACAACUGUUGUGGAAACCUAAAGGUAGAUUCCAAGUCGUGGAUUUGGACAGUGACUAUUAUAUCGUCAUGUUUGAAAUAGAAGAAGAUUAUAACCACGUCUUGUCAGAUGGACCAUGGACGGUGUACAUAGCUGAGAUAAUUGGUAAGGUGAUCAAGAUCGACUACAAUACACUUGUAGGAGAUCGAGGAAAGUUUGCAAGAUUAGCCGUAAUGGUUAACCUUAAUAAACUGUUGAUCCCGAGCAUUCGUAUUGAUGGCAUUGUUAGACAGCUUGAGUAUGAGUGGCUCCAUCAAAUAUGUUGUACCUGUGGAACAUAUGGGCAUUCUUUUGAGACGUGUGGUGCUUCAUCUAACACAAGCAUAACAGAGGAUAAAAACAAUAAGGAGGUACAUAAUAACCUUAAUAAAGAUAAUGAAAUAGGGUCAAUAUACGACCCUUGGAUGAUCACAGCUAGUAGGAAGAGACAACCAUGA